CCCCUUCUCGUGGGCCUUUUUUUUCCUCGGGGGUCUCUGUUCCUGCGACUUAUCUGGCCCAAUAAUUUCUCGCCGGGUCUCACCACCCCUUUCCGUGACCGUGUCGCAGGUCUCGACGCUGCCAGCCUCUCGUUGACAGUCUCCCUGGCAAUAGAAACAAUUUUCCUUAUCAGGAUCAUUUUUUCUAUCGGCCAAUUCCACUCUUUAUACCCUCUUUCCGUUCGGUUUCGCUUCGGCCUGUAAGAACGGAUCCGGUGACGACAACUUUGCCGUUGACGUGCUUUUGAAACGAUCACACAAAAAUCUAAUAAUCUCGUCACCGACCUGACAACCAUUUACAUGUUCAAGAACAACCAUAACCUUAAUAAUACCGUCAAGAUGCCGAUGUUUCGUGUCAAAACGGUCUUCCCUCUGAUCGCCCUCUUCUCCAUUGGGUUCUUCUUCUGGUGCGUCGAACGCUUCGACCAGGCUGCCCUCCUGCGCUUCAAGCACCCGGUCGACCGCGUCGCUGGAUCAACUUCCCCUCAGAUCCAGCUGCAACCCACGCCUCCCCCGGCCAAAGCAUGCGACGUGGAUCCUGGUCUUAUGCCUCCUCUGCCUUUCAGCGAAUGGCUUCCUCGCAAGAACUACACCCGCGCCUACUUCCGUCCUCACCAUGUGAGCCCCAAGACCGAAUUUAACUCGUUGGAGGAUAUCGAAAUCCCGGUGCUCCCUCCCAUGACGGUCAUGGAGCGUGGUAUGGUCGUGUCGCCGGAGAACGAGGAAGCUUCCCUACCCUGCCCCCCGAUUAUCGACGUCAAUGUCGCUGCUGACCACGAUGUGGACGAAACUGAUAAGCUCUUGUUCGGUUUGGCUACCACUGCUGACCGUCUGGACCGCUUGCUGCCUUCUUUGCUGUACUCUUACGGAAACACCAAGGCCGGUAUUAUCGUGCUUGUUCCAGAGUCGGACGACGACAUUCCCAAGCAGGAGGCCUACUUCCGCAACCGUGGCUUGGAUUUGACCCUGAUCCAGUCUCCUCUGGACUUUACUGCUCGUUAUUUCGGCCUGGUGCAGGCGUUCUCUGAACACAUCAAGACCAAGCGCCCUCAGACGCAGUGGGUCAGCUUCAUUGAUGAUGACACUUUCUUCCUGUCUCUGUCGACCAUCGCCGAGGAAUUGAAGCUCUUCGAUGUGAGCAAGAAGCACUAUAUUGGUGCUCUGUCUGAGGCCAGCUGGCAGGUUGAUACUUUCGGUCACAUCGCUUUCGGAGGUGCGGGUGUCUUUGUUUCCAAGCCUCUUCUCGAUGUUCUGGACGAAUACUACGACGAAUGCCAGUCGUGGGGCGAGCAGCCUGGUGACCAGAAGCUCGGCCAGUGCAUCCAGAGAUACGGAGACACCCCUCUUACCCUCUGGCCCUCUCUGUACCAGAUGGACAUGAAGGGCGAGGUUGACGGUGUCUACGAGUCCGGCCGCAAGAUCGAGUCUCUGCACCACUGGAACAGCUGGUACACCAAGGAUGUCGUGAAGAUGACCACCGUGGCCGCCGCGGCGGGUCGCCGCUCGGUUCUUCGUCGCUGGGUCUUUGACCAGGAGGAGAUCGUCAACAACGCUACUGGUCGCUCCACCCGCACUUUCUGGGUCUUCACCAACGGGUAUUCGCUCGUCAAGUAUACCUACGAUGAGAACACGCCCGACGAUGCGAUCAACUUCGACCACACGGAGAAGACCUGGGAGGAAGAUCCCCGGGGUUACGAGGCCCGCCUGGGACCCCUCCGCAACCGGGAUCAGGAGGGUGUCACCAAGGACCGUUGGUUGUUGCGGGACGCUUACGUGGUUGGUGACAAUGUUCACCAGUGGUAUGUGCGCGAAGAAGAUGAAGGCCACAGUGUCAUUGAGAUCGUGUGGCUCGGCCCCAAGGGUGGCGGUGGUGCCGGCAUCCACGACUAUGGUGUCCGGAGACAGCAUCACUAAGUCCUUGUUCACCACAUGAGAGACCACACGACCGAUACUGAGGCUGGCCCUUGGGAUCUGUGAAGCUUUUCGAUUCUUGCACAUUCUUUAACAUUCCUUUAUCCUUUUCAAUUUUCUACGUGAUUUUGCUCCAUAUCUCCCUGUUACACUACAACACCAAUGUCAAUGGCGACAAGGAAAUCCAGAAAAUGAAGGUGGUGUGUAACAGUAUCAUUUUCGGUUACCCCGACUCCUUCGGCCUCCCUGCUUUUCUUUUUUGAUUGAUCAUUUGCCCGGCGUUGUAUUGGCGCAGACAAAGAUCGGAACUGGUUGUUUUCAGCGAAGAGCAUACCUUGUUUGAGUCCCU